GGAGCGCAGACCACGCUCGUGCUUUCGCAGCUAUGGCUCCUAAGCAGGCUACUCUGGGAAAGUUUUUUGGGAAGCCCACUGGCGACGCAGCGAAGCAGCAAUCAAAACUAGCCUUCUCCACGAAGCCCAAGCCCGCGAAGAAAGAGGCCUCGCCCUCGCCAGAAGACGUGAAGAAGGAGCAAGAUGCAGAGACGGAUUCGGAGGCAGAGGUCAGAGCGCCGGUCAAGGAAGACGUAGAAUCUGAGGGCGAUGCAAUGGAAGUCGAUAGUACAGCGUCUGAGACUGGGAAGAAGAGGCAGAUCAAGGAGGAAGUCGAGGAGGAGUCUGAAGAAGAGCCCCCGAGUAAGCGACAGCGAAGGAAACCCUCAGUGGAAAAAGAAAAACCAAAGAAAGCCGCAAAGUCAAAGACGGAGAAGGCAGCGGCGAAGCCAAAGUCGAAAAAAGCUGCUGCUGAAUCCAAGGCUUCAGAGCCGGGAGAUGAGGAGGAGGCACCAGCGCGAACCAAGGCGGCAAAGGGCAAGAAGAAGAGUGAGGCUAAAAAGUCUCCUGCGCUAGCAGAAGAUGAGACCGAAUCGAGCAAGGAGCAAGAAGAUGAGGUUGUAAGCUCAGAGGAAGAGCCUGAGGAGGUCAAGGGCAAGGCGCGGAAGCAAGUACAGACGACCCUUACGGCCAACACCAAGGACCCAUACCCCGAUUGGAAACCUGGCGAGCCAGUCCCGUAUGCGGCGCUGUGCACAACAUUCUCCAAGAUCGAGAUGACGACGAAACGUUUGGAGAUUCUUGCUCAUUGCUCGCUGUUCCUAAGACAAGUGCUGCGGUUGACUCCAUCUGAUAUGCUGCCGACUGUCAUGCUCAUGGUCAAUAAGCUUGCGGCCGACUAUGCGGGCAUCGAACUUGGUAUCGGCGAGUCGUUGAUCAUGAAGGCAAUCUCCGAGAGUACCGGGCGAAGUCUACAGCACAUCAAGAGCGACCAGAACGAGAUUGGAGAUCUUGGUCUUGUCGCGGCGAAAAGUCGAUCAAAACAACCUACCAUGUUCAAACCCAAGGCACUGACAGUUGAGGGCGUGCGCAAGGGUCUUAUGGGUAUUGCUACUAUCGAAGGCCAAGGCGCUCAGGGCCGCAAGGUUGAUGGUAUCAAGAAGCUGCUGUCGGCAGCAGAUGCGCACAACUCUGGCAAGCACGUCGACAUUGAAAAGGACAAGGGCGGACCCAGUGAGGCCAAGUUCAUCGUACGGACGCUGGAGGGCAAGCUUCGAUUGGGUCUUGCGGAGAAGACUGUUGUGGUCGCUGUGGCACAGGCAAUGAUCUUCCACGAAAUGUCACUCCAGGGCAAAACACCAUCAACAGAAGAUUUGGGAAAGGCAGAAGCCAUGCUGAAGACGGUAUACAGCGAGCUUCCCAGCUACGAGGUCAUCAUUCCAGCCAUGAUUGAGCAUGGCAUCAUGAACUUGCGCGAGAAUUGCCGCCUACAGCCUGGCGUGCCACUCAAGCCUAUGCUUGCCAAGCCAACAAAGUCGAUAACAGAGGUUUUGGACCGCUUUGAAGGCAAGGACUUUACCUGCGAGUACAAGUACGACGGAGAGCGGGCUCAGAUACACUUUGUCGCCCACGAUGCACAGAUGGAGCUGGCGACGGCAGCACCCAGUGCUGGCAAGAGCGACCGUGGUGUAGCCAAUAUCUUUUCGCGCAACUCUGAGGAUCUGUCGAAGAAGUACCCUGAUAUUCUCGCCAAGCUACCGACUUGGGUCAAGGAAGGCACGAAGAGCUUUGUUCUGGACUGCGAGACGGUUGCCUGGGAUAUGGUGGAGAAGAAGGUGUUGCCUUUCCAACAGCUCAUGACGCGGAAGAGAAAGGACGUCAAGGUCGAAGAUGUGAAGGUCAAGGUUUGCGUUUUUGCCUUUGAUCUUUUGUACCUGAACGGCGAGGCACUCGUAACUAAAUCUUUCCGCGAGCGCCGCGAGCACCUCAAUGAAGCCUUUGUGCCUGUUGAGGGAGAAUUUGCCUUUGCCAAGUAUGGCAACACCAAUGAACUGGAAGAGAUUCAAACACUCCUUGAAGACUCAGUAAAAGAAGGCUGUGAGGGUCUCAUGGUCAAGAUGUUGGACGGGCCAGAGUCUUACUACGAGCCUUCUAAGCGCUCGCAAAACUGGCUCAAGGUCAAGAAAGAUUACCUCGCCGGCGUUGGCGAUUCCCUCGAUCUUGUCGUACUGGGAGCCUACUACGGCAAAGGCAAACGCACAAGCUGGUAUGGCGCAUUCCUCCUCGCCUGCUACAACCCUUCGACGGAAAAGUACGAGACAGUCUGCAACAUUGGCACUGGUUUCUCCGAAGCCAUCCUCGAAACUCUGCACAAGAGCCUUUCGGAAAUCGUCAUUGACCGCCCCAAACCUUUCUACACACAUUCGACUGGCAACAAAGACCAGCCUGACGUAUGGUUCGAGCCGCGCUACGUCUGGGAAGUCAAGACUGCGGAUCUUACCCUGUCGCCACGCUACAAGGCUGCUGCAGCUGAAGUGGGUGGCGGUGGCAAGGGAGUCAGUCUACGCUUUCCACGCUUCAUCAAGGAGAGGGACGACAAGAAGCCCGACCAAGCGAGCUCCAGCCGCAUGAUUGCUGACAUGUAUCAACGGCAGGAGAGCGUGGCUAAGAACAAGGGUCCUAGCGUUGAUGAUGACUUUGAGUAUUGAGUUCCUCUGCAAUUCUAUGUAGUAGUACAAAGA